AUGGGUGGAACGGGUGGGGCACGACCAGGUACGGACAGCACGGGCACGGGCACGGGGAACACGGGCGGACAGAACGGCCACAGGCACGGGGCAAGCACGGGGAACACGGGCGGACAGAACGGCCAUGGGCAUGGGGCAAGCACGGGGAACACGGGCGGACAGAACGGCCACGGGCACGGGGCAAGCACGGGGAACACGGGCGGGCAGCAUGGGCACGGGCACGGGGAACACGGGCGGGCAACACGGGCACGGGCACGGGGCAAGCACGGGGAAGUACGGCCGAUAUGGGAGGUAUGUGCGGCAGCCGCGGGAGGGGAGAGGCAAGGCAGUGCACGGGCGACGGGUUGCAGCAGCAAGCGGUGCGUGAGCGAUGGAGCGCUCGCUGAUGCGCUGGCGAUCAUCGCUGGCGUUCUGCCGCCACUCCCUUCCCCUCUUCCCUCUCUCCCCCACAGCGUUCUGCCUUCACUCCCAUCCCCUCUUCCCUCUCCCCCCACAGCGUUCCGCCGCCACUCCCAUCCCCUCUUCCCUCUCCCCCCUCACAGCGACCGCGGCUGCACACGCAAACAGCGGCGACGGGGGGGGGGGGGGUUGACGGACAGGGGGCGGGGGUAA